AUGGGUAAUAUUGGAAUUUCGAGCAUAUACAACUUCCCUACUGAAUUUGUUGCAAACUUGCAUGUCCUUCGCAAUGGCACCCUUCUUCUUAGCAUGAUGGAAUUACCCACGGGUCUCCUUUUCACUCUGGACCCAACAGCACUAAAUCCUCGGGCUAAGGUGGUAACCACCUUUGAUAGCAAUAUUACGGCUCUCACCGGUAUACCUCCGCUACCAGGGUAUGACGACAACGCCCUGUAUACCAUUAGCGGUGGCUUACAUACAUCGUUUGCCUUCGAGCGAGGUAGUAUGAGCGUUUAUAUUGUAUCCCUAAACACGGGCACGAUAGUCGAUAGUAUUCCCGUGCCAGAUACGACAACCAUGAAUGGUUCGACGGUGCUUCCAUACGAGCCGUCGAACUCUGGCCUGGGCGUCUCCGUGCGUGUGCGUAUCGACGAUUUUGGCAAUCCUAUCGGUGGCUUUGACGUCUUGGCCCGGAGCCCCGACGCCACGCAAAUAAUGUUCUGUCAAUGA